AUGGAACCGGUGGCCAACUUCGGUGUGUUUGGAACACUCACUCACUGUUCAGGUUCAUCGGACUCCGUGACCCAUUUACACAACGGUUCAGACUACUUCACACAGUCGGGUUUGUCCACCCAGUUUGUGUUCUGUCAACGAGGCAACUUUCCAUACACGGAGAUGAUGACAUUUCGUCUAAAUAAACAUGGCUGGACCAUCCUUCUCAUUUCUGUUAUCGUUUUGCUACUCUACUAUUUUUCCAAUGUUGGCUCCAUCACUCCUCUUCGGGGCAACGUGAUCAGUGUGAAGCGCCUGCUGAUACGGUGUGUGCACCUAACAGAGAAUGCAGGAACCGUCAUCAGGUCCAGUUAUAAAUCUUCAAAUUUGCACGCGCGUAUCAAAGGACUAUCAGAAGGCGGCGGGGGCGGUCCGAAAAAUGAACUACUGACAGAUAUUGAUCUAAAGUCCCAUCAUAUAAUUGUUUCCGGACUAGCCUCCGAUUUCGCUGAUCUCAAGGUCAUUUCUGAAGAACACCCUCCAGUCCUUGAGGGUGCACCUUACCUUGGUCCUGAAGUCUUCCACUCUGAUGUGGAAUCGCGACUGCCGAAUGCUGAUCUUUUUAUCCCCGUAUCCGACCUCACUCUCUGGGUGGAUCCUUUGGAUGCAACUCAGGAACUAACCGAAGGUUUGCUGGAGUAUGUGACUGUAAUGGUUUGUGUCGCUCUCCACGGACACCCCAUCAUCGGCAUUAUUCAUCAGCCGUUUCUCAACCGUACAUACUGGUCCUGGAAAUCGCUUUCGCCGUUCAACUCGUUCACACUGUCACCCACUCUCGUGCAGACCUUAGCCAAUGUUUCGAAAAUCCAAAGCGACAGUCCGCUGACCGUUACCCAUUCUAGAUCGCACCUGGAUACCUCUGCGACGAAAACCAUUGCAGACACGUUCUCCCCACAACCGGUUCAGUUCAUUCCAGCUGGUGGAUCAGGUUUUAAGGUGCUCAGCCUUAUUCAGCGAAAAGCCCACCUGUAUGUGCAUCCGACGAGAACGCGAAGAUGGGAUGUUUGCGCCGCCCAAGCUGUCCUAGAAUCUACCGGUGGUCGUAUGACCGGUUUGGACACCUCGAGUUUGACUUACGAUGCAAACUCGCCGCACGAGAUUGAUGCAGCUACGGGUUUGUUUGCUGCUGCUUCUGUGGAGCUGCACGAUCGAUGGAAGGAGAAGCUAUCGAAGCUGAGGUGCAUGUCUGGUGUGAUUUUUCGAAUUGCUCAGUCGCAGCACGGCUACUAUUCGACUUGA